AUGGCUAUCCACAAGAACUUACCAAUUUUGAAGAACCACUUCAGAAAGAACUGGCAAGAACGUGUCAAGGUUCACUUCGACCAAGCUGGUAAGAAGAGUUCCAGACGUACUGCCAGAGCUGUCAAGGCUGCCAAGGUUGCUCCAAAGCCUCUAGAUCUAUUGAGACCUGUUGUCAGAGCUCCAACUGUCAAAUACAACAGAAAAGUUAGAGCUGGUAGAGGUUUCACUUUCGGUGAAGUCAAAGCCGCUGGUUUGACUCCUGCUUACGCUAGAACCAUUGGUAUCGCUGUUGAUCACAGACGUCAAAACAGAAACCAAGCCAUUUUCGAUGCUAACGUCCAAAGAUUGAAGGAAUACCAAUCCAAGAUCAUUGUUUUCCCAAGAAAGGGUAAGAUCGAGGCUGAACAAGUUGCUUCUGCUGCUGCCGCUUUCCCAAUUGUUCAACCAGCUGUUGAUGUUGAGACCAGAGCCGUUGAAGACAAUGGUUCCGCUUUCAAGACUUUGAGAAGUGCUGCAAAUGACAAGAAAUACAAGGGUAUCAGAGAAAAGAGAGCUAGAGAAAAGGCUGAAGCUGAAGCUGAAAAGAAGAAAUAA